UGAUUAAGCUAAUGCACAUUCGUCCUGACUUCCAGGAUGGGUGCCACGGUGUUUGUGCAGCCGCUGGAUCUGGUGAAGAACCGAAUGCAGCUGAGCGGUCAGGGCUCCAAGGCUCGCGAGUACAAGACCAGCUUCCACGCCGUGGCCAGCAUCCUUCGCAACGAGGGCAUCGGCGGGAUCUACACCGGACUUUCUGCGGGUCUGUUGAGACAGGCUACCUACACCACGACCCGUUUGGGCAUCUACACUGUCCUGUUUGAGCGCAUGUCCAAAGCUGAUGGCACACCUCCCAACUUCUUCAUGAAGGCUCUCAUCGGGAUGACCGCCGGGGCCACAGGGGCCUUCAUUGGGACUCCGGCCGAGGUGGCGCUUAUUCGAAUGACGGCUGAUGGAAGGUUGCCUCCAGAUCAAAGGAGGGGCUACACAAAUGUCUUCAAUGCCCUCAUCAGAAUCACUAGAGAGGAGGGAGUCACCACACUCUGGAGGGGUUACAUACCCACCAUGGCCAGAGCAGUCGUUGUGAACGCAGCCCAACUUGCUUCAUAUUCCCAGUCCAAACAAGCACUGUUGGACUCUGGAUAUUUCAGAGAUGAUAUCUUGUGUCACUUCUGUGCCAGUAUGAUCAGUGGACUGGUCACCACUGCUGCCUCCAUGCCAGUAGACAUCGUUAAGACCAGAAUCCAGAACAUGAGAAUGAUUGAUGGGAAGCCGGAGUACAGGAAUGGUUUGGAUGUGUUGGUGAAGGUCAUAAGGAAGGAAGGCUUCUUCAGUCUGUGGAAGGGUUUUACUCCGUAUUACGCUCGUCUCGGGCCACACACAGUUCUCACCUUCAUCUUCCUGGAGCAGAUGAACAAAUUCUACAAGAUCUAUUUCCUCGACUCCUAGAUUGUGACCCUUUGCUGUGUUUGUAACUCAAGACAAUGUGGACUCUUAUGUUGCACAGACUGAUUAGCUAAACUGUAAAUUGUAUUGAAUGAAGGGAUUCACAACGCUCAUGUCCCUUGUAGUUUUGAAUGAUAUUUAUGUAAUUCUACUCUCAUUUUGGGGAUGUUUGCUAACGUUGAGCACACUUAACUGGAAACUGUGUUGUAAGGAAGAUAAUGUGGUGUGUGUGAAGGCCAACACUACACCAGACGGCUUGUUGUGAUGUAUUAAAUGAUGUAACGAGGUAUUUGAGCAGUCAUUUUCUGGUCUGAGGAGCUAUGAAAGUAACUAGACACAACUUGAUAUUUCCUUCCUAGUAUAUCUAAGGUGUAGUAUCUUAGAUUUUUUAAUGAAGAGCAGUAUCCAACAAAGAGCCCAGCUUUUUAUAUAAAAAGAAAUCCCGCGGUUGUGGCUUUCUUGAAGUAAAGAA